AUGCGAGGGCUAUCGGCUAGAGGACGGAGCUGGCCAAAGAAGUUAGUCCGCCAUCGCAAGCAACAUCCAGUGCGCUUGGCAACACUUAACGUUGGGACGCUUACUGGAAAAAGUGGAGACUCGCUGGAAAGGCUCCAAGUGAAGGGAAUUAGGCGAUGGCUACAAGCUCAUCUACCACGGCACAUCAAAUCGCAAGGCGUUGCGGUGGAUCGACUAUCGGAUCGCCUCAUGGCUGUAAGAGUAGACACAGGAGAAGUGGAAUUGCUAGUUGUCUCUGCUUAUGUGCCACAGGUGAGCUGUAGUGAAGAAGAGAAGGCGUGCUUUUGGGAAGAUCUGGAGCAGUACGUUCAAUCCCUGGAAGGCGAAGAAGUACUUCUAAUCGGAGGAAACUUCAGCGGACAUGUCGGUUCUCGGAAAGACGGGUUCGAUAGUUGUCAUGGUGGAUACGGGUAUGGAGCUCGUAACGACGAAUCCUGGAACCAUGUCGCUGCCCAACACCAUCUGUUCGUUAUGGACUUGAAAAUCUCCCGUCCAAGGAAGAGACAUCCAAGGACUGAAACACAGCGCAUCAAAUGCGUUAUACGCUUGACCGCGGAGAACACUCUGGGAAAGACGACCCUAGGUAAACCCAAAGCACAAAAGGCUACCUGGUUUUGGAACGAGGAAGUUCAGGCGGCAAUUUGUGUGAAUCGUUUAGUCAGAGCGCGUCAUCGUUCAACGUUUGAUAUGGAGCACACCAAGAUCGUUAAGGGAGCUGAUGGAGUCGUUCUGCGUCGCUCUGGUCAGAUCCUGGAGAGGUGGCAAGAGUACUACAAUCACUUGUAUAACGAAGAGUUCUGUCAUCCUCCCAUCCCAACUGUUCCCAGCGUCGAGGGUCCUGUUCUACCAAUUACUGCCGUCGAAGUUAGUGCUGCCCUCGCAAAAAUGAAGUCGAACAAGGCAACCGGUCCUGAUGACACACCUGCUGAUGUCUGGAAGCUGCUAGGAGAUCGAGGAUCCGUGUGGCUCGCAACUCUUUUUAACAGGAUCGCUGCAGAAGGACGGACUCCAGACGUUUGGCAAACUUCCGUGACCGUGUCUGUCUGGAAAGGGAAAGGAGACAUUGCUGACUGCACUUCGUACAGACCUAUACGACUGCUGUGCCAUACGAUGAAGGUUUUUAGCGUGUCCUGGAAGCUCGUCUGA